AUGACUUUAAAGGUUGGAAUCAUUGGUGCAGGCAUCGGUGGUCUUAGUGCCGCUAUUGCACUCCGACGAGCGGGAGCCCAAGUUGAGAUAUUCGAAAGAUCCAACUUUAAGGAUGAGAUAGGCGCUGCCAUAACAAUCACUCCAAAUGGAAUGCGCGUCCUUGAACAUUUCGGGUUUGAUCCCAAGACAGCUCGCGGCGUGCACAACAAACAAGUGCGCAUGGUAGAUCCCCAUACAUUCGAGGAUCUGGUUGUCGAAAACUUCAGUGAGGUUGAAGAUGACUAUGGCGCGCCCUUUAUGUUCUUUCAUCGUGUGGACCUUCAUACUGCACUGAAAGAGAUGGCCUUGUCGACUGAUGAGCGAUAUCCGGGCUCGCCGGUUGUAAUUCACAAUGGCCUUUCAGUUAUCAACCUCAACUGUGAGAGCGGUACGAUUGUUUUGGACAACUGGGAAACCUUUGAGGGAGACCUUAUUGUAGUGGCUGAUGGAGUUCGAACCAGACUCAUCGACAAGGUUACGGAAAACAACGUGCCUCUAGAAGACAUCGGCUCCUCUUUCUACCGCUGCCUGAUCCCCUUCUUUGAAGUAAACAAGAACCCCGACCUCGCAGCUAUCUUUAAAGACCAAGAUCCAGGAUUCUGGGUCCCCUUCGACCUACCAACCGGCACAUUCGUUGUUACCUAUCCAUGCCGAGAUGGGGAAAUGCUCAACGUUGCGUUUCGACACCAGACAAAGGCGGAGAAUGAGCAUGCAGUCGAAUGGAACAAUGAUACUAACGUGCAAGAUAUUAUCUCCAUGGUAGGGAGGUUCAAUCCACUGGUGGCUAAGCUGUUUAGUUUGUCGACGAGUGUUUCUGUCCACAAGUUAUUUCGGAGGGAACCUCUUGAGACGUAUACUCGGGGGAGGUCUGUUAUAAUUGGUGAUGCUGCACAUCCCAUUCAACCAACACACGCUCAAGGUGCAGUUCUUGCGAUUGAGGAAGCAGCGGCAUUGGGAGUUCUCUUCAAAGACGUGCAAAACAAAGAACAGGUUCCGGAGCGUCUAGAGUUAUAUAACGGCAUCUUGAAGCGCCGCAUCCAUGUAACGCAGCUACUUUCAGAUGCUCAACCUGGGAUAUCUAGUGAUUUGCGCAAGCGAGCUGAUGAUAUUUGGGGAGAGGGGAUUUUUCCUCCAGAUGCAAUGAACUUCACCAAGCCGAUCAGAGACUUUUUCUACACGUGGGAUGUUAUGAAAGAGGCAGAAACUGAAUUAGCUCGUGUAGCAUUUUGA